AUGGCACCUUCGACCCCUCACAUAUCUAGCCAACUAAGGCAACUCAUCUACUAUCACCUUGACAACAAUCUUGUUAAGAAUGCGCUCUUCCUAGCUGGUCGCCUUCAUGCCUACGAACCACGUUCAUCUGAAGCCUCAUACCUACUUGCAUUAUGUCAUUUAUUGAGUGGCCAGCCUAAGGCUGCCUGGGAAUACAGUCGGAUCUCAGGUUCGCGAGGAACUCACCUUGGCUGUUCCUAUGUACAUGCACAAGCAUGCCUCGAUUUGGGGAAGUAUAUGGAUGGUAUUACAGCUUUGGAACGCAGUAAGAGCAUCUGGACAUCAAAGAGCCACUGGAAUAAACAUAGCGAGACGCGACGUCAGCACCUCCCUGAUGCUGCCGCGGUUCUUUGCUUGCAAGGAAAACUAUGGCAGGCUCAUAGCGAUCUUUCCAAGGCUGUAGAAUGCUAUGCAGAGUCAUUGAAACUCAACCCCUUCAUGUGGGAUGCGUUUCUUGGCCUCUGCGAAGCGGGAGUCCACGUGCGAGUCCCGAAUAUAUACAAAUUGAGCCCCGAGUUAGUUGCCAUGGUUCAAGCAGCACCACCUCCUGAUUCAACUGCUCUGUCCGAUAAGACCGUUUCACACAAUGGGCCAUUACAAACACAAUUAAACACUAAUCCUAAUGCCGAUCCAUUCUCUUCAAAUACCCCGAAGGGCGACGCCAAUCUAUCACAUGGAAGCUCAGCCCUGUGGGAAAAAUUGAAUGGGAGUAAUGUUAACGUUGCGAAUAUAGGACCUGCCGUUAUUCACGAAGGGCUAGAAACUCCUAGUAGUCAAAAUGAGUCUGAUGAAAUCCGAAUAAUUAAUGGAAAUGUGUCGUCAAAUGAAUCAUGGGAUCCUCCUCUUGCCCCUGCAAGACGCAACAGGACUAUACAACAAGCUGAGUACGGCGAUCCACCUCCCAAAAUACGCACUACAAACUUGAAAUCGAGAAUACGGCCAAAAGGAGAACCGGAAGAAACGAAUCAUGUCCAUAUUGAAGAGGAAUCUGUUCCUGCUCCUGUUCCUUCUCUAGGCGAAAGAAAACGAACGAUAUCUGGACAGGUUGCGCAUCCGUCUCUGCCACAACCUGUUGAACCAGGGGCGCCACAGCGGCGAAGUACUCGAUUAUUGAAUCAUAUAAGACCGACAACGUCUAGACUAGCCUCCUCAACUUUGGGGCCCAAAGAAGGACGAGAAGUCAAGAAAGUUAGGGCAACGGGAACCAAAGGGCGAAUGGCAACUGCUCCAACUGUUGGCCGUGUAGUGAGCGGGAACAGGAAGCUCAUGCUCGGUGGAUCAGAUGGAGAUGGCAAGGAAGCUCGGUCUCUGAGCACCAAUAGCAGCAGCCAUACUAAAAAUGCUACUUCUGACCGUACGAAAGAGAUCGAGGCUCUUAGUUGGAUUCUUGACCUUUUUGCUAAGCUAGCAACUGGAUAUUAUAACCUGAACCGUUACAAGGCCCAGGAAGCUGUUCAAAUGUUCAAUCUCUUACCCCAAGGUCAACGCGAAACUCCCUGGGUUCUUUCGCAAAUAGGACGAGCUUACUAUGAACAAGCUCUUUACCCAGAGGCUGAAAAAUACUUCAUACGAGUCAAGGCUUUAGCGCCAUCUCGACUUGAAGACAUGGAGAUCUACUCGACGGUUCUUUGGCAUCUCAAGAAUGAUGUAGAGCUGUCAUAUUUGGCUCAUGAGCUAAUGGAGGUUGACCGCUUGUCUCCUGAGGCCUGGUGUGCGGCCGGCAAUUCGUUUUCACAUCAGCGUGAUCAUGAACAGGCAUUGAAGUGCUUCAAGCGUGCCACACAGAUAAAUCCUCAGUUUGCUUAUGCGUUCUCUCUACAAGGCCACGAACAUGUGGCCAAUGAGGAGUACGACAAGGCUCUUGAUGCCUUCCGCAACGGCAUCAGCGCUGAUAGCAGGCAUUACAAUUCUUGGUAUGGACUCGGCCAGGUUUAUGAGAAGAUGGGCAAGCUCGAGUAUGCCAACGAACACUAUCGAAAUGCGGCUCAGAUCAAUCCAAGUAAUGCAGUGCUUGUUUGCUGCAUUGGUUUAAUCAUGGAAAAGCUGAAUGAUCCUAACACUGCCUUGAUUCACUAUAGCCGCGCUACAACGCUUGCCCCUCAGUCGGUACUAGCCAGGUUCCGCAAAGCACGUGUUCAUAUGAAGCUGGGAGAGCUGAAAUUAGCAUUGACAGAACUCAAGGUUCUGAAAGACAUCGCUCCAGAUGAAGCGAAUGUCCACUAUCUGCUUGGGAAAUUAUACAAAUUGCUCCAUGACAAAGCCAACGCUAUCAAGCACUUCACUACCGCCCUCAAUCUAGAUCCCAAGGCGGCACAGUUUAUUAAAGACGCCAUGGAAGCUUUAGACGAUGACGAUGAGGACGACCCCGACAUGGCUUGA